AGAAAAAUUAUCACCAUUCCACUAUCAACGUACGACGCCGCUCCCCUUUUGCACACUUACGACGAUAGUCCGCCGCAACGUUGGGCUAACGGUACUAGCAACGGGCAUCAGGCAGGCGUCAUCAUAGAUCAGUUUCGCCAGUGCGCCAAAACGAUCACCAUUGAGGGAGGCACCAGCACCGGUGACACGACGAGCAUCGGCGGCGGCGUCAACGAUUUGCGUUUGGUAAUAACGGCCCAACAAAACGAUAUCAUCGAGCGCAAUUACGAUCAAUUGACCAAUCGCGGCGGUGGAGGCGGAGGCGGCGGCGCCGUUAUAGGCGUCACCAGCAGCAGCAGCACCAACAGCAGCGGAGGCGGCCAAACACCACCGACACCACAAUCAGCAACAGCAGCAACACCAGCAGCAGCGGUGCAGGAGCAACUGGAGGCGCUCAACAACAACAGCAGCAGCAGCAGCAACAACAGAUAA